AUGGUUCAUCUACAUCUCUUAGUUGAUGUUGUUGUUCUUACUUUCUAUCAUACAAUUUAUGCUCAUUAUAUAUUAUACAAUACAAAUGAUGAGAAUAAUUCUUCAUCUGCAUUUGGUUAUCUCUAUGCUGCUUGGGAUAUGGAUAAAUAUUUGAUUACUCCUGCACCCUAUAUUCGUAAUUAUUAUUUAAUUCCAUAUUGUCGCCGACCAAAAUUUGAUGAAGAACAGUCAAAAUAUACGAUUGAUGAAAAUAUGAUUACAGAACUUGAUGUAAAAACAUUAUGGUAUCAGUGA